AUGCAACAGUUACGGGCGAAAGGAAGGUGUCUCUUUCCUGCCAUGACAAAGACCCCCGGUGCUGCGGAAAGAGUUGGAGCCAUGACAGGAAAAAGGCACAGCAAGAAUACCCCAUUCCUUGGCAGUUGCCACAUUCAUGAUUUCAUAGAGGAGGCAAGCCUCAAUCCUGUGAGAAUGACCUAUGGAUUUAGGGACACAGGCCGUAACAGCCGGAUUGUGUGUAUGCGGAGUGGGACCAUGCUCCUGCCAGGAACUUACAGCUUCACUGACUGUACUCAUCCCAAUUCAUCCCAAGAUGUUCAUUGGCAGACCACUCAAGAGGCUUACAGCUUCACUGACUGUACUCAAGAAGCUCUCCGACAUCGAGCAUCCUACUCCUUUAAAAGCUGCCCAAGACCCGAAAACUACACCCCGGGCCUCCGGGAUAAAGUGGGUAAACGUUAAGCAGUAUAUGUUCUUCACGGAGCAAUAAUAUUACUAGAUAUAAUAGAGUCUCGGAUGCUUCAAUAAAAGCAUGUGAAUUUGUUUUUAAAGAUUUUGCAUAAUUGCUGAAACUGCACUGGUUAGGUCAUGAUCCUAAUCAAGGGCCACCAAGAAACAUUUAAUAUAACCAUCAGUGACAGCUGGUCAGGAUAUUGAAUGCCAGGGCUAACAUUAAUUUUCAGUAACUCUGCAUUACAAUUAUAUAAUCAUUAGGGUUGCGCACCAUCAUAUAGGCAUAUGGCAUAUAGGCAUGCGGACACAGGCAUAGGACGCCUUGCCAUCACACCCAUAUGUGCUUUUUGAAAGUCCCAUUCCAGAUUUAGUCCCCCAUUACUGUUAUAACAACCUCCACUCUUCUGGGAAGGCUUUCCUUUAGAUUUUGGAGUGUGGCUGUGGGGAUUUGCCCAUUCAGCCACAAGGGCAUUUGUGACGUCGGGCACUGAUGUUGGGUGAGGAGGCCUGGCACACAAUCUGCAUUCCAAUUCAUCCCAAAGGUGUUCAUUGGAGUUGAGGUCAGGGCUCUGUGCAGACUACUCGAGGAGGAGCUUACAGCUUCACUGACUGUACUCAAGAAGCUCUGUGACAUCAAGCAUCUUGCUCCUUUAAAAGCUGCCAAAGACUCGACAACUACGCCCUGGGCAUCCGGGAUAAAGUGGGUUACAGUUAAGCAGUAUAUGUUCUUCCUGGAGCAAUAAUAUUACUAGAUAGUCGUAUUCCUCAUUGUUCACUUUAAAAUGAAUGUGUCAAAAAAAAUGAAUGCUGUUUAGGAUGUGAGUGUGUGUUUUCAAGGACAUACACCUCUCUCCAUGACAUUACGAUGUGACUGAGAAGCCUGUCCCCAAAUUACCUUGCAAGUAUGUUUGAACUCCAGGACGUUUGUCAUUCUACACUGCGUACUGUAAAAGUGAGAUGGCUUUUCCUCCACUUUAGAUCUAGCGUCUUCCUUGAUCCUGGAUAGUAUAAGGAUUUGAGGAUUUAAGGAUAGUUUAAGUUUUGC